AUGCCUCCCAAGGACUCCUCUCCCUCCACAGCAAACGCUAUCCUCCUGCGCCGCAUCACCAUCUUCAUCUUCCUCCCGGCAUUCCCACUUCUCCUUGCCCACGGCAUCGCCGGUCACAGACCUUUUCCCGCUCUUGGCUUGUUGCCGCUCGCCGGUUCCGCGGUCCUUGGUGGCCUCGUCCUCUACUGCGACCGCGUCACCGUAAGCGGUUCUGCUAUCCAGCAGCUCUCGACCUCCGGCGUCUUCUUUGCCGAUGUCCUACUGACGGCCUUGUACCUUGCGUUUCUCAUUGUGAGCUGGGUUACUCUGACCGCCAACUCGUGGCGAUAUGACAGCUCGCUCGUUAUUCUGGGAACAUACGGCACGGUGGGCUUGUUGGCAAACUUCGUCAUUCAUCUUUACUUUGUUGGAUUACAGGGGUUGCGCAUGCUAGUAGCAAGGCCUUGCAACUGUGCACACUGUCAAAGUGUCUCGAAGAAGAGUUCAUUCAUGCGAAUGGUGUCCGAGUACACCCUUUUGAGCGAAGAAGACGUUGAGGAGGAGUUGUACACUGACGUUGAGGCUGGCAACGAAAGGAUCUCCAUGUGA